GACUGUGUUACAGCUGAAACUUAAGCCAGGCUGUAGUUUGAGGGUGAGAGGGAAAAUGUGGAGAGAGAACCUGACUGGAUCUGAUCUGAAUAGUAUAAAACACUCCUGAUGAUCAGAGUACAGUCAUAGCCCUGCUGCUGCUGUUGCUGCUGCUGCUGCUGCUGCUGCUGUACUUUGUUCAUUGUUCUAGAGCUCUUCUGGAAGCAUGAGGACCCUGCUCCUGCUCACGGUCAGCCUGAGCGUGCUGCUCGGUGCCCUCGCUCAGCAACCGCACCCCUGCAAAGCUCCACCGUACCUUGAGGGAAAGUUGUUUGUGUUGUUUCCUGAAGGACACACGACGCUGUUCGAGCAGUUUGCCUAUGACGCAGUGGAGGAGAGAAUUCGUGUAGUAGCAUCGAUAAAGCACGACUCCCAGGAAAUGAUUGAGGACAGACUUCUGUUCUUCAGAGAGAGGUUCUACUACGAGAUCCAUUACCACAACAAAAGCUGUGUUAAGACACCUUUCGAUGCUCAAUUCAAUCCCAUCCAAAUUCCCCAUGAUGCUCAUCACCAGGCACAGUUCGUACUUGGCAGCCUCUCUGCUCCUGCGGAAGGACUACUGGUCAACAGCUGGGUUGGAUACAUUCCUGAGACUAAAGCAAACUACUCCAUGACCUUCACUGAGUUUGGUUGCAUUCCAAUAACCAUCCUGACUACCGAUGAGAAAAAGGACCACUUCUUCUCAAGCUUCUUUGACCUCGUUGUUGGGCUGGAGAAUCCAGAAGUCUUUAUCCCUCCAUCGUUCUGUACCUCUGCAAAGGUGGUGGAGCGAAAAGAUGGGAAAGUGGCAGAUUUCUUCUCAGCUCUUCGUUAAAAAAAUGAUCAGCAAAGAUCAUUUCAUGUAAUCAUGCAUCCAUGCAACCAUGUACGCAGAUCUACUCCUCUUCUUCUUCAGUCAUAAAAUGUAUCUUUACUUACAAAUUAAAUGACAAGACCAGGUUGGAAAAAAA